CCGGGCGCUAGGACCUGGGGACGGUGGGAGCCCAGGCGGGCGCUAGGACCCGGGGACGGAGAGCGGUCAGUCGGGCGCUAGGGCCCGGGGAACGGUGAGAGACCGGGCGGGCGCUAGGACCCGGGGACGGCCGCUGGGGCCGACGUCCGCCAGUCACGGCAGCCCGGGGCUCGCUCUUUGGUCGUGUGUUGUGAAGUCUGUAAGGGCGAAUUUCCGUCCCCAGCGGGAUUCUCAGUGAGGCUCCGCACCGCAGACUGAACAGGCGAUGAAACCUGCAGCCAGUAUCCUGCUUGUGGGAGAGGGGAACUUCUCCUUUUCUGCCUCCCUGUGUGAUCGUGUGUCCAGAGACACCCUGAUUGUUGCUACUUGUUAUGAAAGUGAAGAAACAAUAACCAAGCAUGAACGUGCAGUCAAUAAUGUUAAUUACUUACUGGAGAGAGGAGCAGAAGUCUGCUUUCUAGUGGACUGUACCAACCUCCAGGGAUGUCCAUCCUUAAGAAGCAGGCUGUUUGACAGGAUUAUAUUCAAUUUCCCUCACUGUGGCAGGAAGGCUGGAGUGAAAAAGAACAGAGAACUUCUGGCUAAAUUCUUUUUGAGUUGUGCAGAUGUUCUAACUGCGAAAGGUGAUGUGCAUGUAACCCUGUGUAAGGGGCAGGGAGGGACCGGUGCUGAUCAACCAACACGAAACUGGCACAACAGCUGGCAAAUAGUUGCCAUGGCUGCUGGAGCUGAGUUCAUUCUGACUAAAGUGCACGCAUUUGACACUACUUGUCACUACGGCUACACAAGCACAGGCUAUAGGAGUCAAGAUAAGCCCUUCUGUGUUGAUGGAGCUGUAACCCAUGUGUUCACCAGAAGUUUACCUAUCGGCAAGAUGGAGCCCAUUGUUAUGGAAACCGUGAUUGGGAAUGAAUGCUGUUCCUUCCAGAUCCCUGAAGAACUUGUUGAUAAAAUAAACAGGAAUUUUAUUCAGAAAGGUUCGAAUCAUCCAGUGAAUGUCAUUAAAGAACUGUUAACAAAGCAGAUUGCAACCAAAGUAGCUGUUCAGGAGCUGGAAAAUGACUUUCCACUGCUGUUAAAGUUUGAUCCUGGAGACCCCUGCUUCAGAUCCAAGGUUCCCGAGUCUGAACUUUAUUUUGUUACCUGUCCCAGCUGUUGGGUAGAUCGAUGCAGAAACUUAACCGGGCCCCCCUGUUAUGAAUGUUCUGUGCCGAUGUCUGAUCUGAGCCUAGGGAACAAGACGGGGCAGAAAAUAGAUUGCAAAAUGCUAAAAGGAGCUGAGCUUCCUGAUGUGAUGGUUUGUGGCAGGUACUAUUUCCGCCCUACUCUGACGGGAUACCUGGACAAAGUGCUGCAAAGACCAGACUUCAGAGCUGAAGUAGUCUACGUCCUCAGUGGCAUAGUUUUCAGGAAAUGCCUGAUUACACCACAAACGACGCCUGCCUUCCACGAGAUGGUUUUGGUUGCUGCUUUUAAUGAUAAAGGACAACCAGAUUUCUUCCACCAGUUUAUGUGCUCUCUGGAGGACACCAUCAUGUUCCUUGUGAAGUUGACCUCAAGGACCAGCAGUUCUGAAAUUUACCAGAUGGAUAAUAGCUUACCUCCAAUUGUCUUUAAAGAGGAGACCGGUGGAAAAUGCUGGAGUAUUUACUUUGAGGACGUGGUACAGCCAGACUUUAUAAAUACAGCAAUUGGAAAAUUGGAUCUUACUCAUCAUCAACAGAUCAGUGGUGAGCCAAGUAUCUGUGUUGCUACGAUAAACCUUGACUUGUUGUCUAUGGUGCUUUACCAAGUAAGUGACUGGAGGCUGCUCUGGACAUUCGAUGAACGCUUUCUAAACCAGAUUAGUGGAUCAGAAUUGAAGCCUCUCUCUGGUUUCUCGCUCUAUCCACCCUCUUACAUACACGAUGUCAGCUUCUGGGUUGAUACCGAUGUAAAACCAGAUGAGCUGGAACUCCAUGCCCUUGUGAGGCGGGUCAGCAGAGAGUCAGUGAGAGGAAUGAAGCUGAUUGACAGUUUCUGUCAUCCUCAGAGCAAACGUACAAGUUACUGUUAUCGGUUAACAUACCAGUCAUGUGACAAAGCAUUAUCUUACCAACAAGCAUUCCAAAUGCAAAUGGAUCUCAGAGAGGAACUGCAGAAAACCCUACAAGUAAUUCUCAGAUAAAGACCUUGGAUCAGGGUUUUUUACCAUUUGAGCAUAAGAUUGGUUGUUAAUACCAUCACUGUUUCAAAUCCCUUCCUGGUCUCACCACUUCCCAAAACUUUCUCUGCUACGUUGACAGUUGCAUUACUGCUGCUUCCUGCAAUCAUGCAGAACCAUCAGUUCCAUUGCCAUUACCACCAACUUCCACCCUGCCCUCAAAUUCCCCUGGACGAUCUCUGACACUUAGCGCCAGAGUUGUACAGCCUAGAAAGAGGCCCUUCAGCCCACCACUUCCUACUAAACUUCAGGCCAAUCUAUACUAAUCUUACCUACCUGAAUUACCUCCACAUCCCUCUGUGCCCUGCUCAUUCAAGUACCUGUCCACAUACCUUCAAUGUUGUUACUGUUCCUGCCUCCACCACCUCCUCUGGCAGUUCACUCCAGAUACCAACUGCUCUUUAUUUGAAACAUUUACCCUCGGAUCCCCUUUAAACCUUCUCCCUCUCACCUUAAACCUAUGCCCUCUAGUUUUAGAUCAAUAUCUGCUGUAACCUUAGACAACCUUCUUCACUGUUCACCACACCAUCAACUCUGGUGUCAUCUGCAAACUUACUGAUCAUUGCCUCCUACAUUCUCAUCCAAAUCAGUAAUGUACGUGACAAGCACAGGGGACCCAGCACCAAUCCCUGUGGUACACCACUGGUCACAGGCCUCCAAUCUGAAAAUCCCUCCACUGCCACCCUCUGCCUCCUACCACUGAGCCAAUUUUGUAUGCAAUUGACUAGCUCACCCUAGAUCCCAUGUGAUCUAACUUUCUGCACCAAUUUACCAUGCGGGGCCUUGUCAAACAUCUGCCACCCUGCACUUAUCAAUCCUCUUGGUCACCUCUUCAGAAAAAAAAAACUCCAUCAAAUUUGUGAGACAUGAUCUUCCACGCACAAAGCUGUGCUGACUAUCCCUAAUCAGCCUUGCCUUUCCAAACGCAAGCAAAUUUUUCCCACCACUGAUAUUCUGCUUAUUGGCCUGUAGUUCCCUGGUUUAUCCCUGCUGCCCUCUCUUCCUCUUCUGGAUCUCUCUGGCUUCCUCUCAGGAGACAGACUUGCCACUGACAUUCACAACAAACCCACCUCCUCCCACCCUGCCUCCUGUAAGGAUGCCAUCUCUUUUUCUCAAUUUCUCUGCCUCUGUUGCAUGUUCUCAAGAUGAGGCCUUCAGCUCUAGGGCUUCUGAAGUAUCCUCCUCCUGUCCACAACAGCUAUCUCCAGCUUCCAGCCUCCCUCCCACUCCCACACCAACCUGUCUGUCCUCAGCCUUUCCAUUGCUAUGGAGAGGCCAAACGUCAUUUGGAAGAAUGAUGUCUGAUAUUCUGCUUGGAUAACUUACAACUCGAUAGAAUGAACACUGGAUUAUCUAAUUUCAGGUAACCCACACCCCCGUGCUCUCUUCCCACACUCACCCAUCCGCCUAGUUUUAUGCUCCUUUCCCACCCUCUUCCCCCACCUGGUUCCACCGAUCACCCACCAGCCUCUAUCCCACUCCCCCGCCCCUGUACUGCUGUACACUGGCAAUCAUUCCUCUUCCCUCUCAGUCCUGAUACAGGGUCUCGACCUGAAACAUCGACUUACACCCGUUGCCUCCACAGAUGCUGCUUGACCCCCGAGUUCUUCCAGCAUUCUGUGAUUUUGUUCCAGAUUCCAGCAUCUGCAAUCUCUUUUAUCUUCAUGGUCUCACCCUUCCCAUUUUGUCAACUUCUGCAACCCUCUGAGAUAAUUUCAGCCUCUUGAUCAUUCCCAUGUUGAAUUGGUGGUUGUGCCUUCAGCUUCCAAAGACACAGGCUCUGGAAUUCCCUCAUGAACCUCUGUCUUUUUCAGAUGAUCCUUAAAUGAAUAAAUAACUUUUAUUUUUGUAUCCAAGUUUUUGGUUAUCUAUUGUAACACUUCCUAACGUAGUCCAGCCCAAUUUCCUGUUAAGUACUUUGGAACAUUUUGCCUCAGUCAAUUUGAGGCAAAUAUAAAUUAUUGCUGCUUCAGGAAGAAUCUCACAAAUA